UUCUGACUAUCACCUAUAGCUUACGCUAGAAAAUAGACCAUCCAGUCUGACUGAUUGACUUCUACUUCCUGCUGGGAAUAGAAGGCGGAGGUUGAACUUGAGAUAGAGUUCCUGAAAAAGCACAUCCCUUUGGCAGGAGCUGCUCGUAACCGAUAAACACUGGGACAGGAAAUGAUGAAAGCAUUUAAAUAAGCAAGCAGGAAACAAUAUUUCUGUGUGUGUCAGAGAAGCAGGGGUGAGCUGUGAUGUGUUCGCUGUUGAAGUUUUGACAUCAUUUGCAUCUCUUCCAUAACUGGCAUGUUUACUAGUGUAGAUAGUGUAUCCUGGAUGCCUGGGUGCAACCCGAUCCUGUGGUGUUUGCUUGAGCCUCAUGUUGCAGUGGAUUUUCAGGUUGACUGACGGACCGUGUUGUGUGGUUCUGAUCUUAAGAGAGAGACACCAGGAUGGCAGCUCAAGGGGCCACAGAGAAGAGAGCCAACUUGGUGGCAUCUAAAGUCAUGUGGAGUAACAGGGAUGACGUACCUAUGUCAGCACCAGAACGGUCACAUGGCAGUGACAGAGCUGGAAUCUGUAGACAGAACAACGUCCGGCAGUGGCUUAGAAGUCACGAGGCGGAUGCAAAACCAGACCACGCCAGAGAAGCUGCAGCAGGGCUUCUAAAGAGGAACGCCAGCAGUGAGGAUGACUUAGCGUUGGGAGUCGAAGCAUCUUUAUUUGGUAAACAGGGAGUGAGGACCGUCCAGGAAUUUCUGAGAGGUUCCAGGUCCAACCCAGUUCUCACCAGGUGGAACAGCUUGACCUCAGCCUUCUCAGCACAGUCAGCUCCACUCAGUGUAAUGGAUGUGCUGAAUCUGUGGAGUGAUGACCCAGAGGAGGUCCUACUAGAUCUGGGCUUCGGCUGUGACGAGCCUGACAUCUCUGGACGGAUCCCAGCCCGCUUCAUCAACAACCAGUCCAGCGCCCGGGGAAUCAACAUCCAGGUGUUCCUGGACGCCCAGAAGAACCGCAUGGACAUAGAGAACCCUGAUGUCAGCAAUAGGUUCAGGCAGUUGGAGGUGCUGCAGCAGGUUACCACUGCGUUCUCAUCCCUGGUUGGUGGUGCGUCUACAGACUCCCUCUCCGAGAGCGGAGUUCCAGUUUUAGCUUCAGCCGAGGCCAGAGAGAAGAGGAAGAGGAUGGGCAUGCUGCUCCGCCGGGUCUCCAGAAAAACCCUCAGUCAGACCCAGUUUCAGACCCAAAUCCAGACCCAGGACUCCCAGGACACAAACCCAACUCCCCACAGUCCCAUAGCCCACUUACAGCAGCCCCUGGCCGGCCUCCCUGACAGGCGGACACCGCUGAAACGAGCCAGACAAGGCCUGGCUGAGAGUAUAUGUCUGACCCCACUGGCAGAGGAGCAAGGCCUAGUCUCGGAAGCACCAGAGCCCCACUUGGUCCCCCAGGAGGGUGCGCUCAGGCUGGAGGUGGUGAAGGAGUAUCAACCCCUGAUCUCCAGUGGUAUUCCAACCAGAAAGAAAAGUCAUGGGGAGGCCAGGGAGUCCUUUGAGAUGGAGGAGAUCCAGAGCUUUGAUGAGGGCAGUAUUUCUGGGAGCUACAUGGGAGCAUCUGACACCACAGUGUGUGUGAUGAGGACUAACAGCUGCCAGUCUGACAGCAGUGGUUUCCUGGAAGAGCCCUUCAUCCCGUCCAUUACCCCGCAUCCCUCACCUGGACCCGAGCUCAUGAAGGCUUUGUCGGGAAUAUCUGGAGGCAGCACUGACAGCCAGAUCACUGUAAAAGGAGCUUCACCCCCCUCGUCCCCCCCAUUCACUUCCCUGGACCCUUCCCCUCCUUCCCUCACCACGUGCCACCCAAGACCAGAGUCUCCUCUAUACAGACCAGAGACAACAAGCCCUACAGAGGAGACACCCAGACACCAGGAUUCCCCCACACCCCACUCCCUCCUCUCUGAUGCCUUGGAGAUGACUAACUCUGCUUUUGGAGCCAGGCCAAGCCUAAUGGAAAACACUGUCACUGAGGAAGAUGGAUUCUCUUCGGCCUGCGGUGCACCUUGUCAUAAGCCAGACUCUCCGUUACGGAACGUUAUUAUUAUCAUGAAAACCGAUAAAGAAACAGAACACUUUACUCUGGAAUCAGAGGAAGCUGUUCCAAUAGGAGGAAAGGAAAAGGCCAUAGCGGAACAAAGUGGCAAUGUUCAGACAGGAACAGAGGCUGUUGGUGAUCAGGACACCGAUUGUUAUGGGUCACAUGAAGGCUCUCUGAUGGACUCGGUGGCUCUAGUGCAGAUGAAGAAAGAGGUGAAGACGGAAGUACAGAUUAGUUUUGGUUUGGAAGGUCCAGUGUUGGGUCCUGUUGCUGUUGGUGAGGUGGUGGAUCAAGGCUCUGAGACUGGAUCUGUUUGUCAGGACCGGUCCUCUGAAGAUCCUCUAUUAGGAUCUGACCCUAACCUCUCAGCAGUGCUAAGCCCUGCCUCCUCUCUCCCCCCAGCAGAGCCUCUCUCUGCCUCCUCCCCUCCAGUGCACUGGGAAACAGGUGGCUCAGAGAUUUCAGAGGGAUCCUCAAGCUUGGUUGUCCAAGAGGCUGUCCCACCACUAUAUCAACCAGCAAACCCACCUCCAGGCCCAGCUUUAACCUCACCUUCAGAGCAAGUGUCACCUCCAUCUCCACCAUCAUCUCCAUCCUCAGCCUCUUCCCCACCACCAUCUCCAGCCUCAUGCCCACACCAACUUCCAGCCUCAGCUUUUCCGGCAGCAUCCAGCUCAUCUCCAACCCAAGCCCAUUCCCCAAUCCAAAACCAUUCUCUAUCAGCCCUAACCACAACACCAACCCCAUCCUCAAUUCCAAACUCACCAUCAGCCCAUUCCUUAACCGUAGCUCCAUCUCAAGCCCCAACCCCACUCGUCCCCCACAGUGGUGCUUUCAGGUCAGGCCGGUCUGUGUCUGUCCAGAUGCCCUCCUCCCUGCCCUCUGUCUCCCACUCUGCCCUCCGGAGAGGUGGCGUCCCCCACACCCCCUCCCCGCUCGGCCCUUCCUUCGAGCCCCGCCCCCUGACUGACCUGACGCUCCGGCAGAGGCGGAACUCCUUCUCCAGGAAGGCGUGGUCAGAUGCUGAUGUCUCCCACUUUGCAGAACACAGAAACACUGCGGUUGCCAUGGGAAAGGCAGUCAUGACACCUGAGACGAUAUCCCUCCCGUCCCCCUGCCCCUCCCCCUCCCUGUCAUCGUCCAAUCGGUGGCUGUCUCGCGACGGUUCACGGAGAUCUGGAAGUUUCCAGAUGAAGUCCACCUCCUUGGACACGGGGCUGUGGCAGGAGGAAGAGGGGGAAGAAGUGGGGGAUGAGGAUAGACGGUGGGAACGAGCCCUGUUCUCUGGGCUUUCCUGCUGCUGCUCCUGUGAUCACCGCUGUAGCUGCUGUUCUCAGAACAAUUGCCUCAAACCGUCCUCCGUUUCAGCUUUCCCUUAUUCCCUGGAUGAGCUGGAGGGGAUGAUGCACUGUAUGAGGAAGUUCCGCUGUGUCCUGACAGACAUCGAGGAACAGCUGUCAGAAGACCAGGCCUCGGUGUACAGCUCACUCUCUGACACUGACAGAGAGGAAGUGCAAGACAUCUUGGAGCUGAGGAAAGCUGUGAAACAGGAAGCAGGAGAGUUGGAACUUCAGCUCACUGACCUGGUUCAUCGCUAUGACGACAGCUUCAAAAUGAAGAUGCACAGACUACUCGAUGAACAAUCUCACCUCUACACCCAGCUAAGGCUCCUCCCACUGAUCCCCAAGACCACAUCCACCCCUGGCUCCACCUCCUCCAGGAGCAUGGCCACUCAGUGCUGCCUGCUGCCCUGGCUGCCUUUGACGGACAUGUCCAGGCCACGCCCCUCAUCGCAGGCCACCUGGGAUUUGGAGUCCAGAUCAACUCUGCCAGAUUCCAGUUCUAUGAGCCAGAGGCUAAAACAUGGUUCUACAGGCACCAAGCCAGACAAACUGGACAUUGUGGGUUUCAUCCAGAGACUGAAGGAGUCCAUACGCCACUCUGUCAAUACUGACUCGCUGGAGUAAAAGAGAGAUGCUGCUUCUGCUGUAGCUAACUGAAGAUGAUCUGCUGUAUAGUGUAUAGUGUGUCCAAUCAACCUGGACUCGGGUAGAUGCAACAUAAUAAACGUAAAUCUGUCUCCCUCCAUUUCGUAUGAUAUGUUAGGUGUGGUAAGGUAUGUAUUUCUUUGUGGAUGUCCAUCAUCCAUUAUGUUAUGAAUAACAAUUCAUAUGAUAUGUUACGAAUUGCAAUUUGUACAAUAUGUUACGAAUUUGCGAUUUAAGUAUGAUAUGUCACAAAUUCCAGUUUGAUGUGGCUAACCCUAACAUUAGUUAAGUAGCUAACGUUAACUAGGCUAAGGGUUAGGGUUAGGAGAAGGGUUAGCUAACAUGCUAAGUAGUUGCAAAAAGUAGUACGUUUAUAUGCCCACCUAUCCACCCCGACCCACCACCCUCCUUUCGUUUUUGCCUUAUGUAACCUUACCAAACAUACCAUAUCAUAUUCAUUUGAGUGUACUGGAUUUACGUUGACUAUGUCUAGUCUAUGAAACCAGGCUGGUGUAAUCAAUGGAUUCUAUUACUACUAAAGUAGUCCAGUGUCCACAUGAUGAAUAAAGAGCAUGAAUGCAUGAAAUCAUGUGUGCGUGUUCUAUAUCUAUAACGUGCCAAUCCAAUACAUAACAUA